AGCAAUUUUGGGCCAAGCGUAGAGGUGUGCACCGUUGCAUCGUCCAUGGAUGUGCCUACGGCUGGGCGUCCCCCUGGCACACGCUUGUCGCUGCAGCGAUGCACGCUCUUCGUGCUCUUGGUGCCGUUGUUCGUCCUCCAAGCUGAGCUUUGGCAAUUUGUGGUGCCAGGCCGUGGUGCCAAAGGUAUCCAGGUCGCCCGGUUUGCUGCGGCCCAGGGUUACUUCCCUGGAGUUGAACUAGAAGAACCUCAGGAGCCCCCGAGCCGGGGUAGCCUAAUUGAGAGACUGCAGGAGAUUCCGGAUCAUGGAACUGAAGAGCACACUGAGGAGGUCAAACUCCUCAGAGAGCAAACGGCACUUUUAGCCCAGGAACUGAGACUUCUCAGAGAGAUCUUGCAAGAUGGAGCCUUAGCGGAUGUCAUUGCCGACCUCACUACCCAGCAAGUUGAUGCUAGCCCUGUGGCAGAGGUGAAAGACGAAGAGGCUUUGAAAUCCACGAUUCCACCAGCAGAUGGGAUGGCUAUGUCGGAGCUUCUAGUAUCCAAACAAGUGAGCUAUCGGCACGAAGACGCCUUGCAAGUGCUGAACCACCUCUCCAAGAGAGUCGUCGAGCGACGUGUUGAGGGGGAGUUGCCAUUGGGACAGGUGCCCAACGUAGGCUGACCGCAUUGCUACGCUACUUGGGG